ACAAAAAGUGUAGUAACAGUUAACCUCAUCGCAGUCAUGUGUAAACCUCACUUUUCCUAAAAUAGUAAAUACAUAUUUUUAAAAGUGCGAACAAAAAUAUACCGGAACCACGGGCGUUUUUUUGCCUUUUCAAUGGAAAAGGUGUUGAAUACCAACAUAAAAAAUGUUUUCAGGCUACUAACAGAGAAUGUCGUUACGCCGAAGGCGGUGAUCGAGACAGCAUUAAGCCGAGUGAAACAGUUUGAAAACCACAAUGCUUUCAUUGCAGUUACAGAAAGUCAGGCGAAAAGGGGGGCCGAGAGGUCUCAACGACGGUACGAUGCGAAUCAAUCUUUGUCGGAGCUAGACGGGCUCCCCAUUGUAGUCAAAGAUAACUUCUGCACCAAAGAGGUGGCAACUACAUGUGCUUCAAAAAUGCUGGAAAACUUUCGCCCAACGUACAACGCCACUGUGGUUGAGCGACUGGAAAGCGCUGGCGCGGUACUUUUAGGCAAAUCAAACAUGGACCAGUUCGCAAUGGGCUCAGGAACAGUAGACUCCAUUUAUGGUCCUUCGAGAAACAUUUGGGGGUAUCAGGAUGAAUGCAACUUUCAUAUUGCUGGAGGAAGCAGUGGCGGCAGCAGCAUAGCUGUAGCAACUGGAAUGUGUUAUGGGGCAAUCGGUUCGGACACGGGAGGAUCAACAAGAAACCCCGCUUCAUAUUGCGGGGUCGUUGGCCUGAAGCCAACUUAUGGUUUGGUGUCGCGAUGGGGCUUGAUCCCAUUGGUCAACUCCAUGGAUGUUCCAGGCGUGUUGGCCAGAACAGUGGAUGAUUGUGUGAGCAUUCUCAAUGCCAUCGCAGGGUUUGAUCCCAAAGAUUCCACGUCACUGACCAAGCCUUACAGGAAAAUCAGACUUCCAGAUGGAAAAAACAUGUCCCUGAAGGGCCUGAAAGUGGGCGUUCCAGUGGAGUACUUCAGCGAACUUCUAAGUCCAGAAGUGCAUGAAGUGUGGAAUGAAGUGGCAAAUCUGUUGGAGGCGGAGGGUGCCGAAGUCAGGCAGGUAUCAAUGCCCAACACCGAACACAGCAUAGUCUGUUACUCCAUACUGAAUCAAUGCGAAGUUGCCAGCAACAUGGCCCGAUAUGAUGGCGUUGAAUUCGGUUAUAGGUCGGAUGAUAAUGAAUCCACGGAGAAACUGUUUGCCAGCAGCAGGAGUUUCGGGUUUAACGAAGUGGUACGCAACAGGAUCCUGACUGGAAAUUACUUUUUGCUGACCAGGAACUACGAAAAGUACUUUAACAAAGCGCUUAAAGUUCGACGAUUAAUAUCAAACGAUUUCCAUGAUGUAUGGGAAAACGUUCAAAUCCUGCUAACACCAACUACGUUGACCACCGCUCCGCUGUAUCAAGAUUUCAUCCAGAAAACGAAUCGAGAUCAGUGCGCCUUGCAGGAUUACUGUACCCAGCCCGCAAAUAUGGCAGACAACUACAAAGUCAAAUUCGAAGACAAGUGAGAGACGCAAAGAAACUUAGAUGGAAGAGUUGCAAAAUAAAUGCGACAAUAUCAAUUUACACAAAAAGUUGAAAGACCUGGCAGGAGUUGAAAGAAUGAAGAAAUUAAACACACUUUUAAACACAGAAGGAAACAUCAUAAAGGGGACAACACAAAAAUUAGAACGCUGGAAAGAAUACAUCGAUAACUUAUUUCAAGUUGAUUAACAUCAUUUGAAGGGCGCUACAAAGAGGAAUUUUAAAAAUUUUGCAGACAAUUCGAUGCAGUGGCAGCUUACGGAAACCGGAUAGUUUGGCGCGAGUGGAAGAGGCAAAAAGAAGAAACACUUUCACCCAUCCUUCUAAGUUAUGACAAUUAAAAAAUAUAAGUUUUGCCUAAAAACGAUCAGAGAAAGAAAAAUGGUAUAGCCAACUAUUUGGAAAACUCGUCCCCUCCAUGAAAAUGACCAGAGAGCAAAAGUUUACAAAAAUUAUUUGGAAAACUCGUCGUCCUCAUCGCUCUGUAGAAUGUUUAAGUUUGUUCAAAAUUUCCCGUUUUUGACUAAAUAUUUUCAAGCAAACGUUUCUACAGAGAAAGUAACUCAGUGAAUUUUUAGGAGUUGGCACAGUGCUGCACCAACCUAACGCACCGGCACAGUAACUCAGUUUCGUUGCUAGGAAAAUGUUGCUGACCUUUUUUAGUUGUCUUUAGACUUAUUUUAAGGGCUCUUUAUUAAGAAUAUUUUUAAACCUUCUUCAAAAUUU